UUGAGCGGGUGAUGCUGCAGUUUCAUUGGGACUUUGGAACCCACUGCCUGGGCACAUAACUGGACACUGCCCGCUCAUUUUAACAUAAACACCACUUGAAAUGGUAGCUUGAGAAGAGCGGAUAUUUUCACAAAGGUCGACGCGACGGUGGGAUACUUUAUUUUACAAACACUCUCAGGAAGAUGGAGCAUGAAUAUCUGGCCCUGAAGGACCUAACGACCCCGAGGAAAAGUUUUCCAGGGGAGCCGGAAGAGGGCGGGGCUGCAAAUGACCAGAAGGAGAACGUCUGCGCAGCCAGACGAAGAACCACCCCACUGAAGCCCACAGACGCUCCAGUACUAGCUGGCCGAAAAAGUGGCACCCCUGACUUGAGUCACACCACCCCGAUCAAGCUUGCGUGCUUGCCUGAGCCCUGGACACCGACUUCAAAUCUGAAGAUGUUGAUCAGCGCUGCAAGUCCAGACAUCCGGAACAGAGAGAUGAAAAAAGUUCUUUUCAGACCGAUAGAGAACGAGACAGACGUGAUGGAUGCAGCAGAAGACGACUAUGAAAUGGAGGAUUUUGGACCGUCCGAGACCCUGGAUGAAGAGGAUGAGAAAAAGCCGAGCAGAAAGCAGAAGAGUCUGGGAUUGCUGUGUCGAAAAUUCUUGGACCUCUAUCCCGACUAUCCAUCGCUGAACGACCCCAUCUGGAUCAUCCUGGACGAAGUAGCCACUAAACUGGGUGUGGAGCGGCGGCGCAUCUAUGACAUCGUGAACGUGCUGGAGUCCCUCACAAUUGUGGGACGGAUUGCCAAGAACAGCUACAUGUGGUACGGUCGUCUGCAGCUGGAGGCUACAUUGGAGGAGCUGCAGCAAAGAGGAGUGCAGCAGGGAUACCACCUCCAGAUGGGCCGGGACAAAGGGGCGGCAGCCUGCAGAGAGGACGACGUCGGAGAUCCAGACAACGUUCAUGCUGUAGGUAACAGGAAGGACAAAUCUCUGCGCAUCAUGAGUCAAAAGUUUGUCAUGCUCUUCCUCGUGUCCAAAACUCAAACGGUCACACUGGACGCAGCUGCCAAAAUUCUCAUUGACGAUGGUCAAGACUUCUCAAGUCACAGCAAAUACAAAACCAAGGUGAGGCGUCUUUACGACAUUGCUAACGUGCUGACCAGCUUAAACCUGAUCAAGAAGGUUCAUGUCCGAGAGGAGCGGGGCAGGAAGCCUGCGUUCAGGUGGCUGGGCCCCACUGAGUUCGACAAAUCCAAAAGUUCUGAAAACACGGCAAGUGGAGUGACCGUUCCUCCGCCAGAAGCUGCUCAGCUGGUGACGUUAAGGGACUUGAGGAGAACUAAAAUCGCCCGACAUGGCUCCUUCAACGUCACGCCAACUUCUGUGGUGGUCCAGAGGCAGGUCAACUCUGCCCCCUGCAGCCCAUAUAGAGAUACGACAGUACUGUCUGUACACACUUCAGGUCUAUUGAAUCAGCCUGUGGACUAUUCCAAAAAGACGAUGGGAACUCAGCGACACCACAAUGGAAACAUGACACCCACUCGGGUAGCAGCAGCAGCAGCCUUGUCUCCGUCCUCUGCACAUCCCUCGCUGCUGGCUCCAACCCUGCACCCAGAACAACUCUACACCACCUCCUCGCCGUCGCCGCACUGUGUUGCGUACCUGCCCAGCCUGUCUCAGCCCAUGGUGGUUAUGCUGAACCACGCUCCGGACACAACCACGCACGGUCACGCAAGUUCGCAGCCCGAAGAAAGUCGGAAGAGACAGCGGGAGGAAGAGGAAGACGGGAACGAGAUGGCUGCCAAGAGAAGAGGAGAAAGCGCCGAAGUGACAAGAGUGGAGACAAACGCCCACUCUGUAGCGGCACAAGAUGAGAGCGAACCCAACAACACAGAGUCUGCACAGACGUACCUCUAUGUUCCUAAUAAUGCAGGCCUAGAAAACCUCAACUUCCUCCUGGCAGCUGGACAGUCUCCUGCUGGGCUCGCCUUGCCGUCCAGCACUUUGGCAGUGCCUUACUUCCUGGUGCCGUCCACUGCCCUUUCUCACUACCCACUGGUAGCUGCAGGCCUUCAGCAGCAGAACCCUGACGGCCAAAUGAGCAUCAGCAUCCCUGCCAUGGUGUCACCCUCUCAUUUCAUGGUCGGAGCGGCUCCUGAGAGCAGCAGCUCGCCUGCGAUGCUGCCCUCUUCUCCCGAACAGAGGAGAGUGUUUUUAUCAGCAGCUGCAACGCCACAGUCUCCGUCUGCUCAGACUCUGAGCGUCUCCUCUGAUCCACUGACUCCACACACUCCAAAGGAAAUUCAGGUGUCUGGCUCAAAGGCUUUCUUCCAGACGCCGGGCACUCAGGGGAAUCGCAUCAGUGCCGCACCAGCCACUCGAAAAAGAGCCUCCGCACAGAGAAGGCUGGACAUCAGUCACCCACAGGCUCCUUAAACCAGCAUGGUGACCAUUCUAAACCACUAUGGCUAUUUAAUUCAUUUAAAUCCGAGACUUAAGCUUCAGUUGGCAGUAACUUCAUUAGUCUUUAAGCCGUCUUUUUUCUAAUGAAAUAGCCCCCCCAACUGGUAUAGAAUUGAACUGCAAACUUUCCUGGCAAAAUAUAAUUGUAGUUUACCUACCACGUUGCUUUGGCUUAGAGUCUUGAAAUGACACACCGCUAUGGUUGAGCGAAUAUUGUUAUUAUUUGUAUUUUCCCAUCCUUUGUUUAAGCACUAAAUAUUUAAUAAGUGUCCAUUUCUGACCCUAAAUGUGAAGCAUAAAUGACAAAAAAGGUGUUUACAUUUAAGCCACCACGACAGUGUAAUGGUCCUUAAUGUUACUUACAUGUUUUGAUGCCAAGCUUUAGCCCUGUUACUGUCGGCUAAGGGAAGUGGAGACGGUGCUCUCAGGUACUUGAAAAUGUGUAAUUAAGAAGCGUAGGAAUUGUACUGUAAAGAUUGAUUAUUUAUCCAGGAAAUGUAGAUGUAUACGUCACUGUAUGCUGUGUUUGUCAAAAAGUCAUGAUAGUUAUUUGUUGAGAGCCUGUAAGGUGCUUCUUUUAUUCCACUUUCAAAAACAGGAAGAGCCAUCCUCUGGUGCUUUGUACAGAAAAAUAACGUUUUUGUAAAUUGUAUUCUUAGUGCCAUGCAGGAAAAUCAAAAGCAGCUAAAUGGAUGUUCAUGAAACGCUGAUUGCACUGCUUCCUCUACUAGUGUGUUUGCUGAGCUUCUCCACGACGUGGAAGCUGGUCUGUCACUGGUCCCCGUAUG